UUUGGUUUUGUUUCCAGUCUUGUGUUGAAGGGUCUGAGUUUUAUCCAUGUUGUAAUUUUCUCGUUCCGAUCUUUUAUUUUGAUGGACUUCCUGAUCACAGCUGUUUCCUGUCACUCCCGGUUCACUAUGCACACCUGUCAAUAAUUUAGCUAAUCAUUCGCCAGUUGCCAGAUUGUCGAGUUUCAGUACCACAUUCCAGCGUUCUUGUAUAGUCAUCUUGUCUUCUGAUCAUUUACCUCCGAUUCCAGCCUGUUCCUCGUCUGUACCUUCGCCUGGAUCUAGUAGUAAUAUUCUGACCAUCUGACCUCGAGUUUUGCCUAGCCCUAGUCUGUACCUCUGCCGAGUUUACCUGUGUACCCAACCCCUGCAUGUUUACUGGAUCUGAUCUUGCCUGCUUCCUUUUGUGCCUUUAACCUGAGCUUUAACGUGUAUGACCUGGAUCGCCUGACUACGCUCGAACAAUAAACAAUAAACCAUACACCUCGUCCGCGCUGUGCAUGUGGGUCCGACACCUGCCGAAGCCUGACAGAACAAUCUGGCCAGACUUGGACCCAGCCGGUGCCCAGCCUUCAACCAGCUGGCUGAGACCUAUGGGAACGUGUUCAGUAUCCGACUCGGCAAGGACAAGUGGGUGUUUGUGUGUGGAUACAAGAUGGUGAAGGAGGCCUUAGUGACACAAGCUGACAACUUUGUGGAUCGACCACUAGAUGCUCUUUCUCAAAGGUUUUAUGGUGGAAGCUCAGAUGGUCUGUUCACAAGCAUUGGUGAACCAUGGAAGAGACAGCGGCGUUUCGCCCUUUCUACCUUACGCACCUUUGGUGUGGGCAAAAGCAACCUGGAGCAGAGCAUCUGUGAGGAGAUCCGACACCUGCAGGAGGAGAUUGAGAAGGAGAAAGGCCAAGCAUUUUCUCCAGCAGGCGUCUUCAACAACGCUAUGUCAAACAUCAUUUGCCAGCUGGUGAUGGGAAAACAGUUCGACUACAAUGACCAUAACUUUCAGGUCAUCCUAAAGCAGCUGUCUGAAAUAAUUCAGAUUCAGGGAUCAGUGUGGGGUCUGCUUUAUCAGUCAUUCCCUGCAGUCAUGAAGCACUUGCCGGGACCUCACAACAAAAUAUUCAAUAUAUUCAACAUCAUCCUAGACUUUGUUAGUCGGGAAGUAGAGAGACACAAGAAGGACCUGGACCACAGCCAUCCCCGGGACUACAUCGAUGCUUUCCUCACUGAAAUGCAGACUCACAAAGAGCCUGGUGUGGGCUUCACUGAGUCCAACCUGGCUCUGUGCUGUCUGGAUCUGUUCCUGGCUGGAACAGAGACGACCGCCACCACGUUGCACUGGGCUUUGAUUUACCUCAUCAACAACCCAGAUAUCCAGAAAAAUGUGCAGGCAGAGAUCGACAGAGUGAUUGGAAAGAACCGUCUACCCACCAUGGCUGACAGACCCAACCUGCCCUACACUGACGCCGUCAUCCAUGAGGUCCAGAGAAUGGGAAACGUUGUUCCUCUUAAUGGAUUCAGAGUAGCUGCCAAAGACACAACGCUAGAUCGUUACUUCAUACCCAAGGGUUCUAUCUUGAUGCCGAUGUUGACCUCAGUGUUGUUUGAUAAAACCGAAUGGGAAACUCCAGACACUUUUAACCCUGGACACUUUUUAAAUGCUGAGGGAAAGUUUGUUAAGAGAGAGGCAAUGCUGCCAUUUUCUGCAGGGAAACGUGCAUGUCUUGGAGAAGGCCUGGCCCGGAUGGAGCUGUUCCUGUUUUUUGUUGGUUUACUACAGAAGUUUUCCUUCUCUGCUCCUGACGGAGUAGAACUGAGCACAGACAGAGGCAGCAUAUCGAUACGUGCAACAGGGCCCUUCAAGGUUCACGCCAAGGUUCGCUGAAUUGGGCUUGAUGAACUAAUUUAAAGCGAUACUUCACAUAUCAAAUAUUUUACAAUCUAUCAACAAAAAAGUGCAUCAGAAUUUAACAUUAAUGGUCUGUAUCCAGAGAAAACAGGAAAAACUAGAGCAAUAUGUGUUGUGGCUGAAAAUGGUCAUAUCCUACAACACCCAGAAUGCACUGUGCUCUGAUGAAUCACCUGAACGAGUGAUUGGACCUACCUGUCGUUUAGCUCCUUUCAUUUUACCAAUGUGUAAAAAGACAAAAAAUAAGUAAAACAUUUGAGGUGAGAAAUAUGCUCUUGAAACUAUUCAUUCAUUCGUUCUCUCUGCCUAUACAUUUAAUUUGGUUUUACAUGAACAUUUUUUUAAUUUAUUUAAUUAUUCUUUCAAACUUUCAACUUUCAAACAGUUGAUAUAUCACAUAAUUUCACACAUACAAGAAAAGAAAUGCUAGUCAGCCUUGAAUUUACAUAGUACAUGCAAGAAUGGAGUAUGAAUUUAGACUUAUCUAGUCAAUGACCUCAACUCAGCCCCGCCCUUUGCUCUGGGUGGUAGGAUGACGGGUGCUGAUUUUGACCCAAUUGAGGAAAUAUACGGUAUUAUUGUGAUUAUUAGUAUUAUUCAUUUUUUGACCUAAUAAAUUUGAGGGUAGUUGCCCUUACUGUAA